CUUGAUUUGAAGUGGCCUCCUGAUCCCUGCAGCCCUGGCGCUGCGCUGCAUGGACGCCGUGUUCCUGUCGCCCAGCGAGGAUGAGUUCGUGGGCAGGAUCACGGAGGAGCUGGAGCACUUCAUGCUCCAAGGGCAGCACCACAGGGUGCUGCUGUUCCCUCCCCUGUCCAGUCGCCUCAGGUACCUGAUCCAUCGCACCGUGGAGAACGUGGAUUUGUUGAGCAGCUUUUCUGUGGGAGAAGGCUGGAGGAGGAGGACAGUCAUCUGUCACUCAGCUGUCAGGCUGCCCAGUGAGACCAAACCCAGCGAGCCAAAGCCCAGCAGCAACCCCUCCAGGCUUCACCGCCCGGCGCCGCCCUGGGGCCGGGGGAACCGAGGCGGCCGGCAGCGGCACGCUGGGGACGUGCAUGGGGACAGCUCCCGAGCCUCUGUGGGCUCUGGCAGGAUACAGAGGCCCCCCAGGAGGAAACCAGACAAAGCCUUCUACGUCCCCAAGGCCAUGCGCAGGAAGGCUGAAUGGGGCGAGCAGGAGAGCCUGGCGGCAGCCGGAGCCGCUGGGAACGUGGCACCAGGAGAAGAGAUCUGCCCCAAAGCUUCGGCUGGGGAUGGCCAGGAGGAGCUGGGCAAGUCUGAAGGUAGCCCAAAUGGUGUCUGCUUGACCCUUGGUGAGCCUGCUGAAGAGUGUGUCUCAGGUAGGAGUGAUGGCAGCAGUGCUGGAGGUCCUCCGUGCGGCGUGGAAGGGCCCUCGGUGGAGGGCAGCAACGAUGCCUCUGGGCAGGAAAGUCAGGACAAAGCCUGUCCAGGUUCCCUUUCUUCUGCACACAAUCAAAGCCCAGCUGAGGCUGAAGAGCAAGAUUGCAGCUGUGACAACGUUGUUGCAGCAGAAGGUAGCAAAAUCCCGUGCCAGCUGCAAGGUGAAAAGCAACCCAGCCAGGAGGCUGGCACAUGGGAGUGCAGCAAAACCUCCUCCCCGUCAGAAGGUGCCAGCAGGAGCUGCUGCACAGGCCCUGUGGUGGCAGAGUCAAGUGCUGCUGUGUUGCUGCUGCUGGAAAACCAAGAUAAGAGCUGUGCUGCUGCCAGGAGCCUGGAGAGAGGUGGAAACGAGUCACUGCCUGAGGAACAGGCCAAGGGCUCUGGCAGUGCUGGCACAGGGGAGGAGGGAGGCUCCUCCAAACUGCAAAGCCAAGACCAAGAGUGCCCCAGUGAUGUCCAGCUGGGGUCUGACCAGAACCCCCCAGAAGCCCCAAAUGAGCCUCAGGCUGUGCCUGAACCAGACCCAGCAGCUGCUGAGGAGCAGAAGGAGGCCUGGGUGGAUGCUCCUGGGCAGAACCACAGUGGGAAGGGGGCAGAAGAGGAGGACAAGGAAGGUCCAGGCUUGUGGGAUGAGCUGCAUUUGUCUGCAGGAGAUAAGGAGGAGAGCAGAGGUGGCCCUGGGCAGGGCAGCCCUGAGGAUGACUGCACUGCAGAGCUCUUUGCAGAGAUUGUGAAUUACCUGAGUGUGAAGGACAUCAGCAUUGAGAAGAUCAGCUUUGAUUACUCCACCUAUGGAGAGGCACAGCUCACCGAGGGGGAUUUUGGCCACGUCACUGAGAUUUAUGACUUCUCCCCAUCCAUGAAGACAGAGCAGCUGCUGGAAGUGUUCUCAGACUUCCAUGAGAGUGGCUUCAAAAUCCAGUGGGUGGAUGACACACAUGCCCUGGGAAUCUUCUCCAGCCUGUCCACAGCCUCUCAGGCCCUGGGGCGCCGUUACCCUGCUCUGAAGAUCCGACCCUUGAUCCAUGCAACCAAGCAGUCCAAAACCAAAGCCCUUCAGAGACCAAAACUCCUUCACCUGGCAAAAGAAAGACCCCACACUGACACCAUGGUGGCAAGGAGGCUGGUGAGCAGGGCUCUGGGCUUGAAGAACAAGCAGCAGGCUGAUGGUGGCUCAGGCACAGAGGUGCUGCUGCCAGAAAGCUUGGAGCAGGAGGAAUAAACCACCCCAGCUCCAACCAGAACAAAAAGGGCUCUGGGUGAGCAGGGCUGUGACAUUAAACUGCAUGCAGAAGGCUUGGAGCUGCCAGGAGGAUGUUCUCCUGGGGGGAUUGGAAUCAUCCUUAGGAAGAGAAGUUGGGAAGGGACAAAGUUUGCUGUUGAGUGAGCAUCUUGAGCUCAAGAGCUAAGCUCUCUGAGGGUUGCUGUCAGCUCUUCAUUAGCAAGAGCAUCUUGCCCUGCUCUGCUUCCUGCUCUGCAGCCUUCCAAAAAAUGACUUUAGAGGAAGAGAAUUGGAUCUUGGUGGCCAAAAUUCAGGCAGGAGGCAAACAAAAAUAAGCUGUUUAAUGUUUUACUUUGUUGUAAUGUUGCUGUUAACCUGUCCCCCAGGAGGGAGGAGCAGUGAAUAAAGCAAG